AUGGCAUCUCAGAAGUUUUCAAACUUCUCCAUUGAUUACAUCUUGGGAGACACUAACAGGCAAACAGCAGAAUCCCCUGGAGUCGAUCAUCCAGCAUCUUCUCAAGAUUUCCAGGGGCACUUGAGAAAGCUGGAUCUGCUCUACCAAGAGGGAUGUAGAGGUCACUGUGAUCGUGCAGCACUGAUGGUGAACUUUCCUUCUCCAUCAUGGCCAGGGAUGUACUGCUGCUGCGUUCCAGUCUCCUACUACCAGCCGACCUACUUUGCAGGGCAACCGUGGCCUUAUGCCGUAGCAGGUUGUGAAACAGCUGAGAAUCACUAUCACCCAAACGCUCAGAAACAGCGCGGUCGAAUCCGAACGGUUUUUACCGACAACCAGACGGAGCAACUCGAGCGACUCUUUGCGGUCACUGACUACCCGACCGCCGAGACUCGGGCAGAGUUAGCCCAAAACACGGGCCUCAGCGAGGAGACUGUGCGGGUGUGGUUCAAGAAUCGACGUGCACGCAGAAAGAGACAGACAACCUGCGCUGACAAACACGCCAAUCGAGCUCUGGAGGACCAUCACGAAUCAGAUUAG